UAAAUUCUCUUCAUUGAAUUAAAAAAAAAUCUGAAAUUUCCAUGGCGGAAUGUGAAGCUCCAUCAUUCUCUCUAGGGUUCGAUCUCGAUCUCCACAACACGCCUCCAAAUUCUCCCAACCACAACAUCACCAACCUAAUCGUACCCGACUCCGAAUCCGACCACGAAACCCGACCCGAUCCCCAUCGCCGUAUCUUCAAACGUCUCCGUCAAGGUCUCCCUUCCCCUUCCGUUCAACACCGAACUGAACCGCCUUCGUUCAUCGACGCCGCCGAGGAUCAUGAUGAUGAUGAUAUCGAAGAGUUCUCCUCGCAAGAUGAACCUGUUCAAGUAUCUGCACCUUCCUCGGUUCGGAAUCGUUCUGUAUGUAGUAGCUCAAAAGUGUCAUUGAAAGGUGUUGGAGUUUUAAUUCCUCAUUCAUAUACAAACCCUAGGAAGAAAACCAGAAAGCAGGAUUUGGAAGUUCCAGCUUCUGUUGGGUUGGAGACCAGCCAAAGUGGGACGGUGUUUCGCAAGACAGCGGCUAGUCCUCUUCGCAAGUUUCAACUGAUUGAUUCUGAUGACGAUGAUGAUAUUGUUGGUGAAGAUGUUAAUUGUGGAAAUAAACCCAGCCCCUCCACGUCAAUGGGGCCAAUGUGCAACCGAAACACACCUGUGGCUUCUUUUGAACAAAAUAACAAGACGCAAGUUGAUGAUUUGAACCGAAAUCAGGAGGAUUUAUGGAAAAAUCUUUCCCCGGUGAAGAAUUUUUCCAUUCCUAUGGAUAUUCAAGCUUCUGCUGGGUUGAAAACGGAACAGAGUGAGUCGGUGUUUCCCAAUCCUAAGUUAGAGGCCAGUCCUCUUCGCAAGUUUCAAUUGAUUGAUUCUGAUGAUGAUGAUGAUGUUAUUGUUAUUGGUGAAAAUAAACUUGGCCCCUCCUCGUCAACAGGUAACCAAGCCACACGUUUGAGUUCUUUGAAACAGGAUAGAAAGGUGCAGUUUGUUGAUGUGAACCAAAACCAGAAACAUCUUUCCCCAGUGAAGAAUUUUUCCAUUCCUACACCUGCCUUCAAUGAUGUGUGCGAAGAAUACUUUCGUUCUGCCAACAACACACAAGUGCCAAAAUCAAAUAACAACGAGACACAUCAUGGGGUAAAUUCUGAAUGCCAAACGGAUGAACAAGUAUGGGAGGCGGCAGGUCCUCUUCCUCCUGCUCAUCACUAUUAUUUCCAUGACGAUCCAAGAGUUCAAGAAUUGGUUCUCAGUCGCCUAUGUAACUUUUCUCUAUUAGGCGUCAACAGACUUGAUCAGCAACAAAAUAUUGAUUACAUGGGACAAUUUGACAGUGGAGGUUCAACAAGCAGAAGAAGCAAAUCAAAAAAUUUGAAUGGUUCAGAAGGUUGGGUAGAUCCCAAAAUCAUUUCUAGUAGUAGUAGUAGAAAGAAAGCAACAAAGAGAAACAGCACUAAGAGCAGUGCGAAAAAAAGUAAAAAGAAUGAAACAAGCAAAUUAAACUCUUCAGAUGCUUCUGCAAAUUGGGUGGAACCAAAAGAUGCAGGUCAAAGGCGUGUACAUGCAAGUGAUCAAUCGACAGGUCAUUGGUAUACAGGGUCCGAUGGAAGAAAGGUUUAUGUCGACAAAAAUGGGAAGGAGUCGACUGGCCGGAGUGCUUAUAGACUUUACCGGAAGGAGAGUGGAGCAACAUUCAAGAAAUCCAAAAAGAAAACAAGCGCGAAGAAGGGAAAGAACUAAACAUUUGAUGCAAGUAUGCAACACAUUGUUCCCUGCCAGGUCCACAUUAAGUUACAUUUUUGACAGGAUACUGUAAAUUACUUGUUGAUACACUUAUUAACAUUACUAACAUGUAAAGAGAGCAUCAGAGAAAAUGCGUCGUCUUGUAAAUAAGAUAGAGAAGACUCUUUUGUUCUGCACUUUUUUGAAUGCGCAAAACAUGAUUAUUCAUACAAUCUAAUCCUUUUCUUGUCUUUUCAAGUUUCACUUCAGUUUCAUCAACAGGCAUGCAAUG